UCCACUCGCCUCGACAAUGCUAGGGUCGUCAGUUCCCCUCGAUUACAGAUCAGCACUAUAGCACACCCGUCGGAGAAGCCGUAACCAUUUGACGCAAGCACAAGUGCUCCUACGGCCAUGCCGCUCCCUCAGACACCAACAGCAGUCGACGCCGCUGCCGCCGCAGCAACAAGGCCCUGCGAGGCACAGGCCCGGACGUCGUGCCAGCGCUGCCACCGGCGCAAGAAGAAAUGUGACCGGGUCCUGCCCCAGUGCGGUAAUUGUCGCAUUGCACGGUUUCCGUGUAGUUUCCUCAACGACGAUCAGCAGGCGGCGGCGUACCCGAUUGCGUUUGUGCGAUCGUUGGAGGACAAGAUUCGAAAGUUGGAGGACGAGCUGGCGGCUGCGUUGAAAGACGCGCAGGCCGCGGCUCGUCGUGACACGAUGCUCGAGGACCAGAUGAUGGAGCCGUCGGGGUCGGUGUUUCCGAUACUGCAGGCCGCCGCAGAUCAAUCACCUUCCCAAGCCCGGCCAAUGACGGCCACGACGACGCUCGGUGAUGAGCUGCGAUUGCUCACGCUCGAGGCUGCGGCAGAACGACACCUGGGGUCUGCUUCGGGAUUGUCGUUUGCCAGGUUGACGCAGGCGGUGCUUAGGAGGCUCACGCCGGACCGCGCUGAUUUCGUCUUCCACAGGGAGCUCGAGGUCGAGUCCACGAAUCAAAUCCUGGGCGGAUCUCCGGCCGACCUGCUCGGGUCGACUUUGUACCACGGCUUUGACAGCUCGACUGCCUUUCAUCACCCCUUCUUUUCCGGUAUCACGUUAUCCGAUAUCACAGAUCCACAACCGUCCUUGGUGGACGUUGAGAUACCGCCGCAGAGUCACCUACAGCACCUUGUGGACUUUUAUUUUGCGCACUCCCACACGUUGUAUCCCAUUGUGCGGCGGAAUGAGUUUGAAGAAACGCUGGUCACGGUCCUGAGAAACCCUCAGGACCCGGCGGCGCAAUCGCCGCUGUGGAUGUUCAGGCUGUGGAUGAUACUAGCGAUAGGAUCAACCACAUACUGCUCGGUUGCCCUGUGUGAGGAGUCAGAAUCGAUGUUGUACUACAACAAGGCCCUUGGCUAUAUGGAGGAUGCUCUUGGAUACGGCGACAUGGUCGCGCUAGAGGUCAUCAUGCUCCAGGUAUCAUACUCUUUCUUCAACCAGCUCGGGCCAAAUACUUGGUUUCUCGUAGGUCUCGCAGCGAGGUUAUCGGUCGGCAUGGGCUUGCACACAUCGUCCUCAUACGACGCGCUUCCCGUUGAUGUUGCCGAGCAUCGAAAGCGUGUCUUUUAUUCAGUGUAUAUGAUGGAUCGGGUUGUAUCAACAGCACUCGGGCGACCUUUUGCCUUGCACGACGAUGACAUAGACGUCGAACCGUUUGCCGACGCUGACGACGAAGACAUCACUGCCACGGGCAUUCGCCAGCGUAACACCCUUCAACCCUCCACCAUGGCAGUCCCCCUACACCUCCUCCGCUUGCGCCAACUGUCUAGCAAGAUUGUGAAAUCUGUCUACUCCAACAAACGAAACGCGCAAAUGUCCAUCUCUGAGCGCGAGGCCAUCAUUCACUCCCUCCAUCGCGAACUUAUCGACUGGCGCCGUAGCAUGCCCUUCCCCUUACCCGACACGCAUCCGCAUGUGCCCCAUCUUAGCAGUCACUGGUACGACUUCAACUACUACAUGCAGGUCGCCUUGCUGUACCGCCCGUCCCCGCUUCUCCCAACACUCGACCAGGCCCGCGUUGAGACGCUGGGCGAUGCCGCGGGCAAAGCGAUUCGGGAAGCCACCACGAUGCACCGACAGCAGCGGCUUGCGUACAACUGGCUUAACCUGCUUGCGCUCUUCACAUCGACACUGUCGCUGACAUAUGCGACGACGGCAAGGCCGGAGAAUCUGGCGGUGGUGCUGAGGGAGAGCAAAGCGAUCGAGACGCUGCAGCUGGCGAUCGAGCUGUUUGAUACGUUGAGUGUGAAAUUCCCCGCCGCUAAGAAUAUCAAGAGGAUGGUCGAGGAAAUUGUGGCUCGUUACAGGGAGAUUGACUUGCAAGAAUGAUCACAGCAGAAAGAAAAAAAAG